GAGGUUCCUUGCUUCCUCCACUCUUCCUCUUGUCUCUCUCCCACGUCUCCCAGCCAAGCAACCGCGCCGGUCGACGGAGACCAUUCCUUCGUUCCCAGGCGGCGGCUAAUCUCUGCUUCAUUCUCUUCGAACACUAAGAUCAGGGCAGAGGCGAGCUCGCUAGGGAGCAGUUAGCGCGCGGCGACCAGGCCGUGGACUCGUACUAGCAGCGAUUCGGAUCCCCCGAUUCAUUCGAUUUGCCUGCGCCGGAGAUCCAACUUCCCCUGUCUCCGUGCCUCGCCGGAGAGGGGAAGGAGAUCCGACCGAAUCGGACUCCAUCCAUGUCCCAGCCCCGCAGGCCCAGCAGUACUGCCGGCGGGGAUUCCAUCAGGUCAUGGAUCAUGUGCGGCGGCCACCUCCAGCGCGGCGUCGGCUCCCUCGUCCGCGAACACCCCUGCGGCGGGGGCCCCGACCCCUACUACCUCAAGGGGGGCAAGAUGCUCAGGCCAGAGAAAUGGAACGCUUGCUUCGAUACCGAAGGAAGGGUCACAGGGUUCCAUAAGACCCUAAAGUUCAUCGUCUUGGGAGGUAUGGAUCCCUCUAUCCGAGCAGAAGUUUGGGAAUUCCUUCUUGGAUGCUAUUCCUUAAGUAGCACAACAGAGUAUAGGAGGAAACUAAGAGCUGCUCGAAGGGAGAAAUAUCAGUGUUUAGUUAAGCAGUGCAAGAGUAUGCACCCAAGCAUUGGUACAGGUGAGCUCGCAUAUGCUGUUGGCUCGAAGCUGAUGGAUGUCAGGACUACGUCGAAAGAAACCGACUGUAGAGAAGAAGUUAGCACAAGUCAACGAGGUACAAAACACACACCUGGCAGCACAGUAGAAAAUUCUAACUUAAAUUAUGACUCUGGUGGCACACCACUGUCACAAGAAAGAAACAGCUGUAGCAAAUCGGUUGAACUAGUUGGUUUCAAAGUACAUAAUGAUAGCUCUGCAUAUAAUUCUUCCAAAUUAAUGGUAUCAUCCACAGCGGUGAAUAGUUGCUUGUCAGACUCUGGGGAUUGCAGCGACAUGGGCGAACCAAGAUAUGACAGUGAGACCUUCAUGGAGUAUCCCUCCCUGCCUGCUGCAAACUUGUUCUCAAAGGCUAGCGGGGAUGCCAAUGGAAUCGACGAAAGCCUUUGCAGUUUCCCGGUUCCUGAAGAUAGGUUAAGGCAACGUGACGAACGCAUGCACAGCUUCCAAAUCAAUAAUAACAUAGAUCUCAUUAUAGAGUCCAAUCCCAGUGAUCUGUUCCGGGCUAGCAACAGUGACUCAGCCAUCUUUCACUCAGACGCGUUCAAACAGGAUAGAUGGUUAGACGAUACUACUGGCUACAACAGUGAAAUAGUAGUAGAUUCUUUGAAGAUAUCUGAUGCACCAGAAGCAGAUUUUGUCCAUGUAACCAACUCCGACAGUCCGGUUACCAACAAAGACAGAGUCGCCGAAUGGCUGUGGACACUUCACAGAAUUGUGGUAGAUGUUGUCAGAACAGAUAGCCAUCUUGAUUUCUAUACAGAAUCGAGAAAUAUGGCUAGGAUGUCGGAUAUACUUGCGGUUUAUGCAUGGGUUGAUCCUUCCACUGGAUACUGCCAAGGUAUGAGCGAUCUGCUUUCCCCUUUUGUUGUCCUAUACGAGGAUGAUGCAGAUGCCUUUUGGUGUUUUGAGAUGCUACUGAGAAGGAUGCGUGAAAAUUUCCAGAUCGAGGGACCAACAAGAGUUAUGAAGCAAUUGGAAUCAUUGUGGAAGAUAGUGGAAUUGUCAGAUACGGAGUUAUUUGAGCAUUUAUCAGCAAUUGGUGCUGAAAGCCUUCAUUUUGCUUUCCGGAUGCUGCUAGUGCUUUUUCGUCGAGAGCUAUCUUUUGAGGAGUCGCUCAGCAUGUGGGAGAUGAUGUGGGCUGCUGAUUUUAACGAAGACGCAAUCAGGAAUUUAGAAGAGAACUGCCUAGAACCGUUGCUAGUAGAUGCAAAGAAGGAUUUGUCAUGCGAGGUCAAAGAAGAGCACCGGGUGAACAAGUUCACUAGAAGAAAAUCCAAAAGCAGGAGAUUCUAUCGUAGAAACGGUGAAAUGCGUGGGUCUUGCAACCAUGGAGUGAAGUCUAGCACACAAAAUCCUCUGUGUGGCUUGUCAGGUGCUACCAUCUGGGCAAGGCAUCAGCAGACGCAUCAUUUGAGCACAAAUGUUUUGACAAAGAAUGGAGACAAUGAACUGCCUAUAUUCUGUGUUGCAGCAAUUCUGAUAAUCAAUCGACACAAGAUUAUCAGAGGUACACACUCGAUAGAUGAUACUAUCAAGAUGUUCAAUGACAAUAUACUGAAGAUUAAUGUGAAAAGAUGUGUGCGCAUGGCUGUCAAGUUGAGGAAGAAGUACUUGCACAAGUCGCUUAAAGGAGGUCUGGAGUAGUGAUGAGGAAGGAACUUGAAGAAUUCAAGUUUCCCCUUAGAAGAAAAAAACAUGAUUAAAUACUGAAGAUCAAUGUAAAGAGAUGCCUGUGCAAUGGCUGUCAAGCUGAGGAAGAAGAGCAUCAUCCACUCACUACAUUAGUCGGGCUUUUGAGUACAACUUUGCUUGUCUCCUUGAUUAGUCACUGAAAAGAGGUCUGGAGAGGUCCGGAGUCAUGGGAAAGGAACUUGAAGAAUUCAUGUUCCCCCUUAUAGAGAAAAAAAACAUAAUUAUAUCCAACCAUAAAUCCAAUGUCAAAGGAGGGCGAAGUUGAAGCAGCGUGUCUUGAGCAUGUCCAGGACUAUCUGGACUAUCUGUUUCAAGCCUUUCAGGGAAUGUGUACAUAAGAGCAUGGGUAUACUUGGUAACAGUUGUAGAUGCGGCGUUGGAAGCGGGAAGUGUAAAGAAAGGGAUCCCGCAAUGUCUGCUGUGAUUGUUUCUUUUGUACAAUAGUGACGACACUGAUGAUGCUAUUUAUAAAUUCUUGACCGCCGGUGUCUUGUCGAAAUGAAACAGAAAAAAGGAAUGUAAAAUGGGUAUAAGUCUAUUUAACGGAUCUAUUAGUUCAUUCAUUCAAUAGAGAAUAACAGGAAGAGCCUGGUUGUCGCGGACA